CUACAGAAAGUUUGACCAAAAGAAACACCAGUAGUGAAGUUUCUCUCAUUGGAUGAUCUAUGAACAGUACAUUUUCUUACUGUACGACUUCUAUACAUGGAUGAGCUUCUUUUAUUAUGCGCAUAUGGACACCAUCCAAGGCAAUUGUGGGCCCAGAGAUGGUAACUACAUGCCAGAUAUCAGCAUCAGCGAUUCCCUUUUAUGAAGAAUGAAUGUUCCAUCACUUCACUCAGCGUCGGUCUGUGGAAGAUGAACAACUCCUGCGUCUCCCAGACCAAUAAGACCGCAGAUCCACUGGGGGGCCAUGAGAUAUGGGAGGUGGUUGUGAUCGUCCUCAUCACAGGGCCUCUUUCUUUGGUCACUAUCAUAGGCAACCUGCUGGUGAUGAUCUCCUUCCGGGUGAACAGCCAGCUACGCACUGUCAGCAACUACUUCCUGCUGAGCCUGGCAGUGGCCGACCUAAUCCUGGGAGCAGUGUCUAUGAACCUCUACGCCGUUUACAUCAUCAUGGGACGCUGGACCCUGGGCAGCCUGGCUUGUGAUGUCUGGUUGGCUGUGGACUACGUGGCCAGCAACGCGUCUGUCAUGAACCUACUGGUCAUCAGCUUUGACCGCUUCUACUCCGUCACCAGACCUCUCACCUACCGGGCCAAGCGGACCACGCGCCGGGCAGCAGUCGCCAUCGGCCUGGCCUGGGCCGUGUCGUUCAUCCUGUGGGGUCCAGCCAUCCUGUUCUGGCCCCACGUAAUGGGCAGGGCCUCACAGGACGCGCAUGACUGCUCUAUACCGUUCAUGACCGAGGCUGCUCUCACAUACGGCACAGCCAUCGCUGCCUUCUACCUCCCGGUCACCAUCAUGGUCAUCCUGUACUGGAAAAUCUACUGGGAGAUUGAGAAGCGAGCCCAGGGGCUUAAGGGGCUGCUGGGCAUCGUGAGAAGUGAAGGGGUCUCCCAGGGCUCUGGGGGAAGGCCUGUCUACACCAGCAGCACCAAGAGCAGUGACAGCAGCUCCAGAGAGGUGCCCGUUGGCAAGGAGCAGAGCAGCGAGGGGUCACAGGUCUGCCAUUCGGCGAGAGAUGAGUGCAAACAGAGCAGCGGGAGGAGAACAGCGACAUUGUCGUUGGCCCCCACCCAGACGGCCUUUAGGGACAGCAGCUGUAACCUAGACGAGGAGCCGACCGUCUCCCUCUCCUCUUCAGAGGAAGAACCUGAGCCCCAUCGGCAGCGGGAAAACGCAGCGACCGGCUGUAUAGCCACGGUCUCACUCAGAGACGCCCGUGGUAGCGACACCGGCGAGGCCAGCAAACCCCUGACAUCCGGGGCAGAGGACUCUGCCGCUGGCUCACAGGGCAGGCAGUUUUCCCUAAGGGGCACCAAAUUCUCCAACUCCGGAUGCCACAAGCAGCCCAAAGCGAAGAGGAACAGGAUCAUCAGAGAGAAGAAGGCUGCCAAGACCUUAAGUGCCAUCCUGCUGGCCUUCAUCCUGACCUGGACACCCUACAACAUCAUGGUGCUGGUUUCCAUAUCCUACUGUGUGCCUGAGAAACUGUGGCAGCUGGGCUACUGGCUGUGCUACAUCAACAGCACAGUGAACCCAGUGUGUUAUGCCCUGUGCAACAAGCACUUCAGAGUCACCUUCAAGGCACUGCUGCUCUGCCGCCCGGGAGGGAGGACCUGGGGACGGACUCGUCGUGGCAACCAAGCCUCCUUCCAGAAAAACAAGACCAGCAGCAAUGUCUGAUCCUUUUCAGAGCUAGGUACUGCCUCUGGCUUAAGAAGAGUCAGAUCUGCCCUGCCAACACACAGUCCAUGUAUGCAAGCACUUGCAAAGAUGUGUUUUUUCUUUUUAAAAGGUGAAGGAUGUGCUUUUUUUUUGGACUGUUAGAUUAGAAACCAAACAGAAACAACAGGAAAACAAUGAGAUGCCAAAGAUAAAGCCUUCCUAACACUCCCCUUCAGUUGGAGGAGUUGGUCUGCCCCACUUUGACUUGUGUCCAGAGCCCUGAGGAAGCGGCUUCUGUGUAUGACAUGUUUAUUGAAACGGUAGGGUUAGGAAUUGUUCCAUGUGCCUUCAUGUAAAAUCUGAUCAUCACUAAGAACAGGCCUUGCACUUCGCAAUAUAAAGGUACACAACUCAUUUU